AUGGAAGUCACCUACAGGAACAUGAGAUUUCUUAUUACAUACAUUUCAAACAAUGUGACCUUAAACAAAUUUAUAGAGGACUGGCCUUUUGAUGAUGGUGUACCACCAUUGAACCAGAUUGUUGAUGACUGGUUAAGUCUUGUGAAGAUUAAGUUACGUGAAGAACCUGGUUGCUGUAUUGCUGUCUAUUGUGUCACAGGCUUUGGUAUAGCUCUGGUGCUUGUUGCCCUAGCAUUAAUUCAAGGUGGAAUGAAAUAUGAAGAUGUAGUACAAUUCAUAAAACAAAAGUGGCAAGGAGCUUUUGACAGCAAGCAACUUUUAUAUCUGGAGAAGUACUGA